ACUCAGGUGCAACACUGGAAGAGAGUGGGUAGUGUACUUUGAGGCAGUGGCUGUGUAUUCCACCAAGGUGGGUGAGAUCUCCAAAAUUCAGGGCAAAGAUCUCUUCACAAGGAAGUCAUGCCAGAGAACAAUGAGAACAUGGCCUCUGUGGCAGGUGAUGGGAAGGAUAAUGAGAUUUAUGAGGAGCCACCUUUGGAUUCGUUGAAAACAAUCAAGCAUGAAGUGGGGGGAAAUACAUUUGGAAAUCAAAGGACAUCAAAAAGGCAGGACAGAAAGCGGUCAAGGAAUUGGAGGAAGAAAUACUCUGCUUCUCCAUGUUCAGACCACCCUCAACUUCCACCAGAUACUGAAAGAGUGAAAAAGUGUCCAGUGUGCGGGAAAAUGUUCAAAGACAAAUCAACACUAAAUAAUCAUCGCAGAACCCACACAGGGGAGAAACCCUAUAAAUGCAUGCAAUGUGGAAAGGGCUUCAGUGUGAGUGGUAACCUUACUAUCCAUCAAAGAACCCACACAGGAGAGAAACCAUUUAAAUGUAUGGAAUGUGGAAAGAGCUUCAGUGUCAGCUGUAACCUUACUAAACAUCAAAGAACCCACACAGGGGAGAAGCCAUAUAAAUGUACGGAGUGUGGAAAGUGCUUUAGUGAUAGUGGAAGUCUCACUUCACAUGAAAGGAUUCACAGAGGGGAAAAACCUUAUAAAUGUAUGGAAUGUGGAAAAGGCUUCUGUGUGAGCAAUAGCCUUAUUGCACAUCAAAUAAUCCACACUGGGGAGAAACCAUAUAAAUGUAUGGAGUGUGGAAAGUGCUUCAGCCAAUGUGCAAACCUAAAUACACAUCAGAGAACCCACACAGGCGAGAAACCAUAUAAAUGUAGGGAGUGUGGAAAGUGCUUCACCCAGAGCGUAAAUCUAAAAACACAUGAAAGAACUCACACAGGAGACAAACCAUAUAAAUGCUUACUGUGUGGAAAGUGCUUCCAUGGCAGUGGAAGCCUUACUAAACAUAAAAAAAUGCACACUAUGGAGAAACCGUAUAAAUGCAUGGAAUGUGGAAAAGGCUUCAGUGUGAGUGGUAGCCUUACUCUACAUCAAAGAAUCCACACUGGGGAGAAACCAUAUAAAUGUAUGGAGUGUGGAAAGUGCUUCAGCCAAAGUGCAAACCUUAAAACACAUCAAACAACCCAUACAGGAGAGAAACCUUAUAAAUGUGUGGAGUGUGGAAAGAGCUUCAUUAAUAGCGAAAAGCUUAGUUCACAUCAAAGAACUCACACAGGGGAGAAGCCAUUUAAAUGCAUGGAGUGUGGAAAAUGUUUUAGCCAGAGUGCACACGUUAAUACACAUCAAAGAACUCACACAGGGGAGAAACCAUAUAAAUGCUUAAUGUGUGGGAAAUGCUUCCAUGAUAGUGGAAACCUUACUAAACAUCAAAGAACCCACACAGGGGAGAAACCUUAUAAAUGCAUGAUAUGUGGAAAGAGCUUUAGUGUGAGCAGCACCCUUACUUCACAUCAGAGAACUCACACAGGAGAGAAACCAUAUAAAUGCUUAGUAUGCAUGGAAUGUGGAAAAAGCUUCAGCGUGAGCAGUAGUCUUGCUACACAUCAAAGAACCCACACAGGCGAGAAACCAUAUACAUGCCUGGAGUGUGGGAAAAGUUUCAUUGACAGUGGAAGUCUUUGUGCACAUGCAAGAACCCACACAGGAGAGAAACCAUAUAAAUGCUUGGAAUGUGGGAAAUGCUUCAGUGUAAGUGGAAGUCUGGCUUCACAUCAAAGGACCCAUACAGGGGAGAAACCAUAUACAUGCCUGGAAUGUGGGAAAAGCUUCAGUGUGAGCGGUAGCCUUGCUUCACAUCAAAGAAUUCACACCGGGGAGAAGCCAUAUAAAUGCAUGGAGUGUGGAAAGAGCUUCACUGUAAGCAGUAGCCUUACUUUACAUUUAAGGACCCACACAGGGGAGAAACCAUAUGUAUGUAUGGAGUGUGGGAAAAGCUUUAACAAAAGUGGAAACCUGAAUACACACCGACAAACUCAUAUGGGCGAAAAGCCAUAUAAAUGCUUGGAAUGUGGAAAGACCUUCAGUCAACAUCAGCACCUCACUGCACAUGCAAGAACCCACACAGGGGAAAAACCAUAUAAAUGUUUGGAGUGUGGAAUGAGCUUCAGUGAUAGUGGAAGUCUUACUGCUCACAAAAGAACCCACACAGGAGAGAAACCAUAUAAAUGCUCGGUAUGCGAAAAGACUUUCAGUCAGUGCGGAAACCUUACCGCACAUCAGAGAACCCACACAGGAGAGAAGCCAUAUCAAUGUAUGGAAUGUGGGAAAAGUUUCAGUGUGAGUGGAAGCCUUUCUGCACAUCAAAGAACCCACACAGGAGAGCAACCAUAUAAAUGUGUGGAGUGUGGAAAGAGCUUCAGCGUGAGCAGUAGUCUUACUUUACAUCAAAGAACUCACACAGGCGAGAAACCCUAUCAAUGCAAGGAGUGUGGGAAGAGGUUUAGCAAAAGCAGAAACCUUAAAACACAUCAGAAAACCCACACAAUGAAGAAACCUGCCUGAGGUCUGUUCCUCAGACUUUCAGACUAAACAAGCUAGGCCUUAGGAAUUGUGAGGGCAUAGCUGGUACAAAAGCAGGAUUCACAACACAUACAUACUGAUAUGCAGGGAGGGGGGGGCACCAAAGGCAACCAAGGCCCGAAAAUAACUAGGACUGCCCAAAGAAGACUUGUGAUAAGCUGUUAUUGCAACAAAGGCCCAGUAGAGACAGGUAUUUUUGCUCCUUAUGAGCCCUCCUGGUUACUUGCUAGGUGGUUGGGAGGGGGAGUAUCAAUAGUGGUUGAGGGCCACCAAAAAGGCCUGGAGGGCCACAUGAUUCAGCUAGGUAGACAUGCAAGCAGAUUAUUCCCACUGGGUUUUCUGCCUUCUUAGCUCCGUGAGAAAGGUUGGAAUCUGCAAGAGAAAACCUGGUGAAACAAGUCAAGUCCUUUGUUAAAAUAAUUACCCUGGCUGGUCUCAUCAGCAACUUGAAGACUUGGGUAGGAAGAUAUGUGUUGGCGUAGUGACAACUGAAGAUGCUUCCAGGAAGGGAUAGGCACUACCCCACCCACCCCUCACCUGACUGCAUGCCUGAGUCAUCCUAGGGGGUGUUUGUUUUUGGUGUGUGAUGCUGGAAGCUGGAGAACUGACCCUGGAAACCUAAUGGGAAGGCAAGAUCUGAGUGUUUGUGCUGUGAGCCACUGCAUCCUUUCUUAAGGCUGUAUAUAUGUGCAAAUAAAACCAUAUAUCCUAAAGAUAA